AUGAGUUUGCCUCUGCAUUUACAGGCGGAUAAACAAAAAAACCCCAAGACUGUCGCACAAGUAAGAGAAAAUAGAUUGAAUCGAAUCUUUGAUCACGUCCCCAGAAGAAAAAGAACUUGUCACGCAUGCCUUCGCAAGGAUACAACAGUAACAGAGCAUCACGUUGCUUCUGUCCCCAAGACUACUGUCCCAGAAGAUAAAGACGUGAUAUUGAUGAGAAUCUUGAGUAACGUCCCCAGAAGAAGAAGGAUUACUUACGAAUACGUCCCUCCGCAAACGCUAAAGAACACACCGCCGGAAUGGCUUGUUCAGGUGAUGAGUCGCAUGGAAGGAACUCAUGAUCCGAAACUAAUCAUAGAGAAGACUCUGGACUUGAACGACGUUGAUCCACGCCAAAACCGUCUCUCAAUCCCUAUCAAUAACGUAAUCCAAAACGAUUUCUUGACGCUUGACGAGGCCAGAAUGAUUGAUGACGACGACAUCACUAACGAAGGGAAUAUGUGUGUGGGAGCGUUUCUUGUGGAUCAACGAACGAAAAAGUGGAACGUGGGUUUCAAACAAUGGUUUAUGACGACUAGUCCAGGGAGCAGCUACUGGAGUUUUGUGUUGCGUGGUGAAUGGAGCAACGUCGUUGAGACUAAUGGAUUGAAACAAGGCGACAAAAUCAGUCUUUGGUCUUUCAGGUCCGGUGAAAUCCUCUGUUUUGCACUUGUUCCUCCGACUAGCUCUGUUGUUGAUUCUGUAAAUAAGUAA